AUUACAGUAAAUCUCCGACAGUGCAUCGCGUAGGUUGUCGUUGCAGUGCAAGCAAGCAAGAGGUAAUUUAAACUCACCACAGUCCUUUCUCAGAAACACUAAUGGAGCAAUUAAAAAUGAAAUUGGCAGUGGUGACCGGUGCCAGUUCGGGCAUUGGUGCGGCGAUUGUGCGCGAUCUAAUUGCAGCCGGUUUAAUUGUUAUCGGUUUGGCGCGACGUUUCGAACGCGUCCAGGCGUUGCGUGAAGACCUUCCCACCGACGAACAGCGUGGACGCCUUCACGCCAUUAAAUGCAACAUUGCCGAUGCACAGGAUGUAGCUGAAACAUUUGCGCGCAUCAUGCGCGACCACGGACCGGUGCAUGUGUUGGUCAAUAAUGCCGGUUGCUUGCGUAACGGCCAAUUGGCCUCAAUGCCGGAGAAUGAAGUGCAGGAGGUGUUACAAACGAAUGUUAUGGGCGUGGUCAAUUGUACACGGCACGCGUUUGCCGCUAUGCGGGCGCACAGCAUCGACGGUCACGUGAUACUGAUAAAUAGUAUUUGCGGACACAAGGUGCCGGUGAUACCGGGCCACAUGCCGACCUUGAACAUUUACCCGGCCACCAAGUUCGCCCUGACGGCGAUUAACGAGAUUUAUCGGCAGGAGUUCAAAGAAUUGGGCACACGUGUGAAGGUGACGAGUAUCAGUCCGGGCCUGGUUGACACGGAACUUAUAUCGGAGCGACAGAAAAAAAUUGUCGAUGGCAAAAUCCUCACACCAGAGAAUGUGUCGGGCGCCGUCAUGUAUGUGCUCUCACAGCCACCGAAUGUACAGAUCUAUGAGCUCAUAAUGAAACCAAUGGGGGAUUUGAUAUAGAAUAUAAUAUUUUAUAUAUCUGGAUAUGCAAAUGUUUAUAAAUGGGCAAUUUGUAAGAAGGGAUUAAAAUAACUACUAUUAUAUUUGAUUACAAUGAAAUAAUAUUUUUAAAUUUAUUAAUAUUU